GCAAAUGUUAUCUGUGUGUGGUUAGACAUGGCGGCAGCAAGCGCUUGCUUGUUGUAAUAUUUUUGUAAUAACAAUUAAUUAUAAUUACAAUGAUGAGUUCCUAUUCUAAGUUUGUUUCUGACUACUGUAAAGUUUGGGAGAAAUCAGGGAAAGCUCAAUUUAUAAAAGGGGUGACACAAUCUAUCAAGGAUGAAGAAAAAACGCCGUUAUUCACAAAAUCGGGGAAACUAUCAGGCUUAUCUCAGAAUAUAUAUGAUUUACUGCUAAGUGGCCUGCAGGGCGCACUUAAGAAGGAUGUAGUCCUCACCACACUUCGAGAAAUAACAGCACUGCAUGCAGAUAUUCCAUCAAUAAUACUUGAUGUAGUAUGUAUACUGGACGCAGAGACCUCAGUGGAUGUACAGACGGAUGAGAGGUCCAACUUCUGCUACAUAGUGCGGGAGUUGGAGGGAUUCAUUUCGGAGAAGUUACUAAAAGAGAGAUUAGAAAUUGACACAUUGCAAGAUGUAGGGACAUUGAAAAACAAAAACUUUUACACCAAGUUUAUCAAAAUCAAAACAAAGUUGUAUUAUAAGCAGCGUAAGUUCAAUUUGUUCCGGGAGGAGAGUGAAGGAUAUGCCAAGUUAAUAGUUGAACUAAAUCAGGAAAUUAGUGAAGACAUGGAUUAUAAAUCCCUCUUGGAGAUUAUACAAUCACUUAUAGGAUGUUUCAACCUAGACCCAAACCGCGUACUGGACAUAAUUCUGGAGUCGUUCGAAGCACGCCCCCACCACAACCAGCUGUUCAUAUCCCUCAUCAAGAGCUACAUGGGCGACCCUCAGGUCAUAUCUGAGGUGCUUGGGUUCAAGUUGAGCAAUAUGGACAUGCAGGAGAACUACAAGGAGCCUCCGCCACUGAUGACCAUCAUUGCUUUGCUGUUACAGCAUGAAGUCAUAGCACUGGAUGAUAUUUAUCCUUGGCUGCGCCCCGACGACCUGGUGAUGGCCAAGGAGGCCGACAAGGAGUUCAAGGCGGCGCAGGACUACAUCCGCCGCAUCAACAUCGUGUCCACUAAGGGACCGCAGGCUAAUGCACCCAUGGAGUUCAUUGAGGAGAAGGCUGACCCUCAGGAGUACUGGAGCAACCAGAAGCUAGUCCUAUGCGAGUCGCUGCUGCUAGUCGGCUCGUGGCGCCAGUUCGCGCUGCUGGCGGCGCGGCUGCCGGGCACGCUGCUGCCGCCGCGCGUCGCCGGCGCGCUGGCCGCCGUACUGCACGCCACCGUCGAGCCGCUGUAUAGAGACAAAUGCCGCGUAGCCCCCAAGAUCAUCGGCAAGCCGAUCCCGCCACUGACCUCGCCGCUCGCGCCGGCUCGCUGCCACGACUUCGAGGAUCUCAAGGAGAUGGUCAUACCGGCGCUCGUGCUCAUGGGACCGGCGUUGCAUUAUGACGCUAUACUUAUGUAUAAGAUAAUCCGCAUCCUCCGCACCGCCCGCUCGGCCCCCGGGGACCCUCUGCACCACGCGGCUCUGAGCGUGCUGGACUCCGCCGUGCUGCCCGCGCUCAGCCUCAUGGACGGCAACUGCUGCAUGGCGGAGCAGGUGCACGAGCUGCUGCAGCUCUACCCGUACCAGUGCAGAUACUGCCUAUACGCGCGCUGGAAGAACGAAUCAGGCGCGCGCAUCCCGUGCCUCAUGCGCGUGCGCGGGUCCUCGUUACAACGCAUCAAGCACAUAAUGAAGCGAGUGUCGAAGGAGAACAUCAAGCCGCAGGGCCGCCACAUCGGCAAGCUGUCGCACGCCGCGCCCGCCUUCCUGUUUGAUUAUAUGCUGUUGCAGAUCCAAACCUACGACAACCUCAUCGGCCCCGUCGUGGAGUCCCUCAAGUACCUCACGUCCCUAUCGCUGGACGUGCUCGGGUACUGCCUGCUGGAGGCGCUGGGGGGCGGCGGGGGCGCGCCCGGGGCCGCCGCGCCGCCGUGGCUGCAGGCGCUGGCGGCCUUCGCGGGCGCCGCCUUCAAGAAGCACCACAUCGAGCUGCACGCGCUGCUGCAGUUUGUGGCCAACAGACUCAAGGCGAAGCAGAGCCAAGACCUGCUGAUCCUGAAGGAGAUAGUUCAGAAGAUGGCGGGUAUCGAGGCGGCUGAGGAGAUGACUCCGGAGCAACUGGACGCCAUGUCCGGAGGGGAGCUGCUCAAGGGAGAGGCUGGCUACUUCUCUCAAGUGCGCAACACGCGUCGCUCCUCGGCCCGGCUGAAGGAAGCUAUCGUGAAGAACGACCUGGACAUAGCGCUGUGCAUCCUGGCUGCGCAACAGAGACACUACUGCGUGUGGAAAGAGAUGGACGACGACAGCAGCACGUCCGACGGCUCCCAGCUCAAGGUGGUCGGUAGAAUGGCAGACCAGUGCCAGGAGGCGCUGGUGCAGCUGGGCACCUUCCUCGCCUCGUCGCCCGCAGAGUACCAGGCGCGCCUGCCGCCGCUGCAGGAGCUCCUCCGCGAGUACCACGUGGACGCGGACGUGGCGUUCUUCCUGCACCGCGCGGAGCUAUCGCAGCGGAUCUCCGCGCGGGCCGACGCGCUGGCGGCGCCCGGCGACACACGGGAACAAUGUGUUGAGAGAUACACGGAAGCGUCGAAGAUGGCGCUGCAGCCGAUCGUGCAGUCGGUGACGCCGCUGCUGCCCGCGCGAGUGUGGGAGGACAUCUCGCCAGAGUUCUACGUCACUUUCUGGUCACUAUCAAUGUACGACCUCAAAGUGCCAGUAGAGAGCUACGACCGCGAGAUCGAGCGCCUCCGCGCCGCCGCCGCCGCCGCGCGCGACGCGCCCGGCACUAAGGGGAAGAAAGAGCAAGAGAGAUACCAUACACUGCUGGAGAAACUACAGGACGAGAAGCGUCGCCAACAAGACCACGUGGCCCGAGUGGCCGCGCGACUGCAACGCGAGUGUGUGACAUGGUUCCCCGCGCGCGCCGCCAAGUCGGCCAAGAACGAGACAGUGACGCGGCUGAUGCAACUGUGUCUGUUUCCGAGAUGUGUGUUUACGCCGGGCGAUGCGUUGUACUGUGCGCAGUUUGUGCAUACUGUGCAUGCGUUGAAGACGCCUAAUUUCUCGACGCUAUUGUGUUAUGAUCGGCUAUUCUGCGACAUAACCUACUCCGUGAUGUCUUGCACGGAGGCCGAGGCGGCGCGCUACGGCACGUUCCUGUGUUCCGUGCUGGGCACGGCGAUGCGCUGGCACGGGGACAAGGCCGCCUUCCAACAGGAGUGUGCGCACUACCCCGGCUUUGUGACGAAAUACAGGGUGUCCAACCAGUUCACUGAGGCCAAUGACCAUGUGGGCUAUGAGAAUUACAGACACGUGUGCCACAAGUGGCACUACAAGGUGACGAAGGCGAUGGUGGUGUGCCUCGACUCGCGCGACUACGUGCAGACGCGCAACGCGCUGCUCGUGCUCGCGAGGGUGCUGCCACACUUCCCCGCGCUGCACAAGCUCGCCAUGAUCAUACAGCGGAAGAUCGAGAAGGUGAAGGAAGAAGAGAAGACUCAACGCCCAGACCUGUACGUCCUAGCCACAGGCUACAGCGGCCAGCUGCGCAACCGCCAGCCCAGCAUGAUGCGCGAGAGCGACUUCCACCAGGUGGUGAACCUACAGCCGGCGGAGAAGAAGGCGGCGCCCAAGGAGGAGGCGAAGGCCGAGGAGCCGCCCGCAGAGCCCGCGCCCGCCGCAGAAGCAGACAAGAAGGAGACACGCAGCACCGAGCGGCGCCGCGACGACCCCGAGCGAGACGCCAAGCGCGAGUCCAGAGCAGCCGUUAGAAGCGAGAAAGAAAAGGUGAAAGAGGAAGUGAGAAGCAAAGAUCGUUCUCCCAGGGAAAGGUCUCACAGGGAGGAACGUUAUUUGGAGGCAGUCUCGCCGCCGCCCGAGCAUCGCCACGCCACUGACGAUAUCGAACGAGAGUUAAAACGCCGUAAAAUCGACGGCAGUACAAGCACCAAGGGUAGCAAAGACACCGAGGAACGUUCUCCGGAGAAAGAGAAGAGGAAGACCAAAGUAAGAGGUGAUGAGAGGAAGGAACGUAAGAUGAGUCGCAAGCGGGACCGCGCGGAGGAAGCCCUGAUCCUGGCCGAGCAGAAGCGACGACGCGAAGAACAAAAGGCUGCUCUAAAAGCGGGAAGUCACCAAAAUGGAUCCCAAGAAGAACACCAUUAUGAGAAGUAUCAUAAAAGGGAAAAGUCGCCGUUCCGGGAUCGCUCACACGAGGAGCCAAGGGACAAACAUAGGCGGUCAAACGAGACGAAGCUGAGACGGUGAAUGUGAAAUCUAUCAACGAGGAUACAGAAGCACUACCUACCUAAUAAAAUUAAGUUACUUACCUAGUUUAAUUUAGUGACAUGCAUUGUGUGACCAAAUGUAUGGAUUAUUAAUUAAAUGUACCUACGAGAUAACA